AUGACCACCCCAAUACCUCUUCCUCCAUACAUCCUCCUCGCCUCCAGCAUCGGUCUCUGCCUCUCCACAACCUUCACAGUCGGUUCCCUCGGUUUCUCCGUCUUCGCCAUACCAGCCAUCCUUCUCCCCUCCAACGCACCCCUAAUGCCACCACUAGAGCUCGUGACCGAAAAGUCAAAACGCCAAUUCAACACCGAACAGGCACCGAAACAGCCGCUCGACAGUGGUGUAGGAAGUGAGACGGAAUCCUUACUUGACGCGGGUGCUACUGGCAAAGUUCUCAGAAGAGAUGGAGGUGAAACAGGUAGUCCGAGCUCGAGCAGUUACCUCUUACGACAGUGGUUCCAUCUCUUCAGUAAAGGGAUGCAUAAUAUGCCGCCGGCAGCGAUCGGGAGUGCUGUGUGCUACGCCUUUUGCGCGGCGAUGUUACCUGGCUCGCUGGAGAAUAUCUUGGUGAAGAGGGGGUUGUACGUAUUGGCCACGACUUUGAGCGCAGGAGCUAUGGUCUUUACGUUGACGGCUCUGAAGCCUAUUAAUGAGGCUUUGCAUGAGAGAGUCAAGGAAGUGGUUGCACAAGAGCAGGGGUCUCAUACUGCUGAUGUGGAUGAUAAGCGACGCGAGACUGAGUCUCUGAUCAGAGAGUGGGGCAGGAUGAAUGCUAUACGAUCUACACUGCCUGUAAUGGCUGUGUUGAGUGCGAUGGUGGCCUUGGUUGUGUGA